CAGGAUAUUUUUCGGGUAUGCGUCAUGUACUAUUGAUUUUCUGUGCAAUAAUUGCAACCGAAGCUCUUCUUAACACAGGUCUACAGCUGAAAAUUGAUGAAUUAUUCGACACCCCAGGUCACACAAAUAACUGGGCCGUUCUCGUAUGCACAUCGAAAUUUUGGUUCAACUAUCGUCAUGUCUCCAACGUUUUGGCUCUUUAUCACUCAAUCAAACGAUUAGGUAUUCCUGACAGUAAUAUUAUAAUGAUGCUGGCAGAAGACGUACCAUGUAAUUCAAGAAAUCCGCGGCCUGGAACGGUUUACGCCGCCAGAGCGGGAACAAAUCUUUACGGAAGUGACGUGGAAGUUGACUAUCGAGGAGAAGAAGUCACUGUUGAAAGCUUCAUCCGCGUUUUGACAGGACGUCAUCAUCCGGCGACACCUCGUUCAAAAAGACUGCUCACCGACCAUCAGAGCAAUGUUCUGAUUUAUCUCACUGGCCACGGAGGAGACAGUUUCAUGAAAUUCCAAGAUUCUGAAGAGCUCACCAACGUUGAUUUGGCGUAUGCUAUUCAAACGAUGUUCGAGGAUAACCGGUAUCACGAAAUGCUUGUAAUUGCUGAUAGUUGCCGAAGUGCUUCAAUGUAUGAAUGGAUUGAUUCACCAAAUGUACUGAGUCUUUCUAGCAGUUUGACACACGAAGAGAGCUAUUCUUACGAUGUGGAUACAGAUAUCGGAGUUUACGUUAUCGAUAGAUACACCCAUUACACUGUUAACUUCCUAACAAAAGAAGUGAAAGCAUUGAAUUCGUCUGCGAAUAUGCAAGAUUAUAUUGAUUCUUGUCCAGCUAGAAAAUGUCUAUCAAAUACAGGCGUUCGAAAAGAUCAUUAUCCGAAAGAUGUGAAACGAGUUCGCGUGACCGACUUCUUUGGAUCAUCAAGAAUAUUCCAACAUCUCAGCGAAGAAAUCGUGCUUGAUGACGAGUUCUGGGCUUGAUCCUAGUGGAUUAUAUACCGUAUAUCUUCUAUUAAUAUGGCCUCCCUAUUAGACUUGCACUCCCUAUUAGUAUUGCCCCUCGGAGAUCUUCCGAAAAUUAGUAUGGCACUCCCUAUUAGUCUUGCACUCCCUAAUAGCCUUGCGUUUACUCUUUUUUAUUGCAGGCCCGUCUUGUUAGCUUCAGGAUUUCAACGAAAAAAUUUGCCUAUUUUGCAACAGUUUUUCACAAAAUUUCUACGAGAUUGAAGUUUUUGAACUUAUAUGUUACAAUUAAAAUCAAAUUUUCUGAAUUUUUACAUAAGAUUCGAGCUUUUUCAGAAAAAAACUAGUAAGCUCAAAGUCAGAAAAAUGUUCUGAAAAUUAGUAUUGCACUCCCUAAUAGUCUUGCACUCCCUAUUAAUAUUGCAAGCGGGAAGGCCAUCGAAAAAUAGUAUUGCAGCCAUAUUAAUAGAAGAAAUACGGUAAUUUAUUUUGUCUACCCGACUUAAUUCGAUACUGGUCUAUAUUUUUAUUGUUUUACUUGUACUUUUUUCAUGAAAUUUUCAUAAAGUUUGUAUAGUAAUU